AUUUUAAAUUUAUAUGUUUCGUGUGAUGAAUUGAAAUAAUUUAUUAAAACGUUUUUUUUUCAGAAAACAAAAUGAGAGAAAAUGAUAACAACGUUUACAGACGGCUGCAGGAAACAAAUCUAAUAGAGAACAAAUGGACGGAAUUCAAGCAGCAUAGGUUUGUUACUUCUGAAUAUGUUCGGAUAGAUCAACAGAGAUUUCUUAAACCAUUCUCGCCUACUUUAAACGGAUUUAUUAAUACCGAAGGUGGAACUCUGUAUGCAGGGAUUAAUGAUAAUGGAAUAGUUAAGGGAAUUCAGCUCUCAUAUUCUCAAAAACUUCAUAUUAGAAUGAAGAUUACUGAUAUGUUCAACAGAUAUAGUCCUCCAGUUUCCACGGAUAUGUAUUCUGUGAAGUUUAAACCUGUCAUUUGUGAAAACCCUGAUCAGGAACACAACCAGAGUAAGAACGGGAACCAGGAAAAUGAACAGAAUGAGAACCAGGACCAGGAGAGUGAACAGAGUAAGAAUCAGGACCAGGAGAUUGAACAGAGUAAGAACCAUGAUCAGGAUAUUGCCCAGAGUAAGAAUCAGGACCAGGAGAUUGCCCAGAGUAAGAACCAUGACCAGGAUAUUGCCCAGAGUAAGAAUCAGGACCAGGAGAUUGAACAGAUUAAGAACCAUGACCAGGAUAUUGCCCAGAGUAAGAAUCAGGACCAAGAGAUUGAACAGAUUAAGAACGGGAACCAGGAAAAUGAACAGAAUGAGAACCAGGACCAGGAGAUUGAACAGAGUAAGAACCAUGAUCAGGAUAUUGCUCAGAGUAAGAACCAGGACCAGGAGAUUGAACAGAGUAAGAACCAUGACCAGGAUAUUGCUCAGAGUAAGAAUCAGGACCAGGAGAUUGAACAGAUUAAGAACCAUGACCUGGAUAUUGCCCAGAGUAAGAAUCAGGACCAGGAGAUUGAACAGAUUAAGGACCAGGAUAUUGCUCAGAGUAAGAAUCAGGACCUGGAGAUUGAACAGAGUAAGAACCAUGACCUGGAUAUUGCCCAGAGUAAGAAUCAGGACCAGGAGAUUGAACAGAUUAAAAUUGAACGGUUUUGA